CGUUGAUAAAUCUGCUUGAUGUUAGUUUGUUUUCACCUCGUCUAGGGUGUAGCGGUGCGAGGCCGGCGUCUUCGCCCUUCGCUUCUGAUCAACUGUGACUAGGCAGGUGAAUGAGCAAGAGAGUGCAGAAGCUGGAAACCAUUUUCAAUAUUGCUGCUAUAGCUGCUGAGGUUGUUGAGGUUUCUGAGAAUAUAGUCUAGAUCCAUCACACAUUUUCUUCUCUUUAUCUAGACUCUUGUUCAUCUCACUAGUUUCUUCAGACCUUAGUAAUUUAUAUUCUUCAACAACGGACACCCCAUUCUUCAUACUGACUACAGAGAUUCCAACCUGAAUGCUGCGGAGGCGAAUGGAGGGAAGAAUCAUUAAACGUUCAGGAGUGGUCGGGGUCCGAUCAGGAGGAGAGGUUGGGCAGGUUGAGACGGGGAAGGCGCCCUCGCACUUGUUUCCACUUCUCUUUGCUGGCCUCUCUUAACCUCCUGUCGUUCAUUACUCUCACCACAGUCUUUAGCCAUGGGUGCCAAUCUUUCAAAGGCGUUGGGUGCGUACAACUCCUGCUCCUACUCAACGAACAGGUCCGCUCAAGGUGCCAUCGCCUCUGCUACGCCGUUCCGACCACAGGAAAGAUUUUUGGAAACAAGGAGAUGAGAUUGUUGAUGCUGGGUCUCGAUGCAGCUGGGAAGACGACUAUCCUGUACAAACUGAAGUUGAAUCAGUCUGUGACAACCAUUCCUACUGUCGGCUUCAAUGUCGAAACGGUUACAUACAAGAAUGUCAAGUUUAAUGUGUGGGACGUUGGAGGACAAGACAAGAUCCGACCUCUAUGGAGGCAUUACUAUACCGGCACGCAGGGCCUUGUCUUCGUUGUUGAUAGUCAGGAUCGAGAGCGGAUAGAUGAAGCGAAACAGGAGCUUCACCGAAUAUUGAGCGAUAGGGAAAUGAAGGAAUGUCUACUGCUUGUGUUCGCAAACAAGCAGGAUCUACCGGGAGCCAUGUCACCGGCGGAAGUUACUGAGAAGUUGGGAUUACACCGAAUGCGCGACCGGUCAUGGUAUGUGCAUCCAAGUUGUGCAACAACCGGAGAAGGUCUGUUCGAAGGCCUUCAAUGGCUCUCUCAGAACGUCAAGAAGCGGCAGCAAUAGAUGCCUCAACUUCAUCGGAUGACCGCCAUUUCACUUUCGACGUCUUUAUAUCUGUUUUACUUGCUAGAUACCCUCCUCUUUUCUCCUUUGGUGGUAUAUCUUGUUUCCACUCCCUAAUGGCCCGCAUGACGCACGCACGCCCUCGUACGACGGACAAUUUCGGUCCACACACGGUCUCAACUCUCUCCAUUUGCUCGCUACCUAGUCCCUUUUCUCUUUGUUUCUGCGUUUUGGAAAUAGCCAUCUUACCCUCCUCUCGAUGAUACACAUAUGUACACGUCUUUUAAUCUGAUGGAUAUCCCUCUCAUGGUGAAGGUUUUGGAUAACAUCUGACAAAUAAUCAACUUCCUCGAGUGUUCGUGUAAGACAGCAUCAACA